AUGGCCGUCGCCGCCGACGACGAUGGUCUCACCGACUACGAGCGCCAGAGGCUCGCGCACGUCGCCCGCAAUCGCGAGUACAUGGCUCGCCUGGGCGUGCUCGAUCUCGCCAAGGUCGUCGCGACGGAAAAACCGACCACGGCGCCCUCGAGGAAACGUGUCAAGCGCGAGCCCACCGAGCCCUCGCGGAGGUCCGGGCGGCUCCUGAACGUCAAACCCGAGCACGACGGGUCCGCGGUGGACGCCCUGCGCGACGACGAGGACGCGGGCGAGCGCCGCAACAAGCGUACCACCGGCCGAAUCGCGACCGGCCCCGCGGGGGACGCGAGCGUUUGGGACUCCGAGGAUGCGGCUUUGGAGGCGUCGAGGCAGUGGCUCGAGGACGCCCGCGCGCUGAUGCUCGCGCGCACGUCCGCGGUCGCAGACAUGCCGAAGGGCUCGCGCAGUGAGGAGGCCACGCGCGCUCGGUGGAGGAAGGAGGCGGUGAGUCGAUGGGGCGACGGCGUCCCCGCGAUUGACGCGGUGGAAGACUGGGAGCGAUGGGUGAAAUCUCGCGUCGGCGCGCCCCCGCCGCCGUCCGACCUGCAGCUGCUGCAGGAGUACUACGCGCACGACGCGUGGCAGCUGCUCGUGGCGUGCGUGCUCAUGUCCAGGGUCUCGAGCUGGGACGUGAAGCACAACACGAUCUCCGCCUUCUUCGCCAAGUACCCGACCCCGACGCACGCGCUCGCGGCGUCGCCGAACGACGUCCUGGAGGUCAUUCGUCCGUUGGGCCUCUUCCCCGCGCGGUUCCGGUCCAUUGUGGAGGUUUCAACAAAGGUUGUGAGCGACGUCGGCGAGUUCGACGUCGGGCCCGAACCGACGCGCAAGGUGUACGGGGCAGCCCGCGGAUAA